AUAACCACAGGAACGCGAAAUUUGUUCAACGGAAAGCACCUUCAUUCCUUAAUUUGUACUCAAAAAAUGCUUCUUUUACAGGGGUCACUGGUUUUGUCUCGUGUUCACUGAAGAAGGCUGAGUUUUGGAAUCUUCUGUCUGGUGGCUCGGCUCCAGAAAAUUAUUUUAGUAUUGUUGUGUCAGGACAACUGGGGAUGGUGACCUAAUGUUUUUGUCUGAUUCGGAAGUUUAUUCAGCAAUUCCACUGAGGCGUCCUGCUGGGGUGGUUCGGGGAUAAACAUAUGAGAUGAGAUGAGAUGAGAUGAGAUGAGAUGAGAGAGGAGUAGUUCUUUUGUGGUUUUGUUGAGCAUUAUUUGUGGCAUUUGUUCCAAUUGGGUUUCUGCAAUUAGGGUUUUGGAUCCAUUCGCUUGCUUGCUUUUCUCCUUUUAAUCGGAUUCAUUUCUGCAAUUUCACAAACCCGCAUUUGAGCCUAAUCGGCGAAUGUACACUGAACGUUAGGGUUUUGCGACAUUGCGGAAGCUUCUUCUUCAUCUGGCUUGGUAAUUGAAGACAUGGCCUGUAUGAAAUUGGGAUCGAAAUCCGAUGCAUUCCAGAGACGAGGACAAGCCUGGUUCUGCACAACGGGUCUUCCGAGCGAUGUAGUUGUUGAAGUUGAGGAUAUGUCCUUCCAUCUUCACAAGUUUCCAUUGCUUUCGAGAAGUGGCUUAAUGGAAAGACUCAUUGCCGAUGCUUCAAAGGGAGAAGACAGCUGUGUCAUUGGCCUUCCGAAGAUUCCUGGUGGAGCAAAAAUGUUCGAGCUUGUUGCUAAAUUUUGCUAUGGGGUGAAACUGGAACUUACUGCCUCAAAUGUGGUGUGCCUUCGCUGUGCUGCGGAGCAUCUUGAAAUGACUGAAGAAUAUGGCGAGGGCAAUCUCAUUUCUCAAACUGAAGUCUUUCUCAAUCAAGUUGUUCUGCAAAAUUGGAACGACUCGCUGAGAGCACUCCAGACCUGCAGUGAUGUCCUCUCUUGCGCCGAAGAUCUCGACAUUCCAAAAAGAUGUAUCGACUCUUUGGCAGCCAAUGCAUGUACUAAUCCGACUUUAUUUGGGUGGCCUGUGAGGGAUCAUCGUGCUCCUCUGCAGAGUCCCGGCGGCAGUGUGCUAUGGAAUGGAAUCAGCACUGGCGCUCGAUCGAAAAAUUUGAGUUCUGACUGGUGGUUUGAGGAUGCAUCCACUUUAAGUUUAUCUCUUUACAAAAGGUUAAUUUCUGCAAUGGAAACCCGGGGCAUGAAACCGGAGACAAUAGCCGGUUCGCUUAGCUUCUAUGCAAAAAAGUAUUUACCUGGUCUAAACCGGCGCCAUGGUGCCAGUGAGGGGAGUGGCCAUCUUGCGCCGGGUUCGGGAGCUCUACUAUCGGUAGAGGAACAGAAAAUUCUUCUCGAAGAGAUCGAUCACUUGCUCCCAGUGCAAAAAGGUUUUGUUUCAACGAAGUUUCUAGCUGGACUACUAAGAACAGCCAAGAUUCUUCGGGUAAAUCCUUCUUGCAUAUCAAACUUGGAGAUGAGGAUCGGAAUGCAGCUCGAUCAAGCUACUCUUGAGGAUCUCCUGAUGCCGUGUUUUUCCUAUUCUAUGGAGACUCUGUAUGAUGUUGAUUGUGUGCAGCGAAUUCUAGAGCAUUUCUUGGCCAUGGAUCAGGUUGACGGCGGCGAAACCCCAGGCUCUGUUGACGGCGGGCAAUUAAUGGGAUCGCCAUCUCUGGUACCAAUCACGAUGGUAGCAAAGCUGAUCGACGGAUACCUCGCAGAGGUUGCCCCUGAUGUUAAUCUGAAGCUCCCAAAGUUUCAGUCACUUGCUGGUGGUGUUCCCGAGUAUGCGCGCCCUUUGGAUGAUGGGCUUUAUCGCGCCAUUGACAUUUACCUUCAGGCUCACCCAUGGUUUGCAGAAUCCGACAGAGAACAACUAUGCCGGCUGAUGGACUGCCAGAAGCUCUCUCUGGAAGCAUGCACGCACGCAGCUCAGAACGAACGGCUGCCAUUAAGGAUAAUCAUCCAAGUCCUCUUCUUUGAGCAACUGCAAUUAAGAACCUCCAUAGCCGGAUGCUUUCUAGUCUCCGACAACCUUGAUGGGUCGAGACAGUUAAGAAGUGGGCUGUUGGGGGCAAAUGAUGGAGGAUGGGCGACGAGCACGGCCAGGGAAAACCAGGUUUUGAAAGUCGGCAUGGAUAACAUGAAGAUGAGGGUGUCUGAGCUCGAGAAAGAGUGUUCUAACAUGAGGCAGGAGAUCCAGAAGCUGGGUAAGGCUAAAGAGUCGAGCCUUGCCAAGAAGUUAGGCCUUCGAUUGAAGUCUCAGAUGUGCAGCACACAUGAGGACUCAGCUAGCAAGCCGAGCAGCGUCCACAGCCACAGCCACAGCCAUGUCAAAUUCGAAAAGACCAAAGACAGACAUGGCAGGGAGAAGAAAACUUAGGCUUGCUAUGAAUAGAAUUUGUUGCUCUUUUUAACCUUUAUUUUCUCCAUUUUUAGCCCUGGUGUGCAAUGAUGAUUAACUGUCUUCAAUUCCAUUUCAACUUGGGUUCUUGUAUUGUAUGUA